UGUGUACUAUCUUAUCUCAUUUAAGCCAACUUAUCGCUUGAGGUCUUGAAUGAAAUAGGAAGUUUGAGAAAAUGCUCAAAUGGUCUGUCUUUGUGCUUCUCAUAUCCUUUACAGAGUGUAAACAAGAAUGUUGGUCCUGCAGUGGAGUUGAAACCAGUAGCGAGUGUAACCAUCGUAUACAGUGUAAUGAUGGUGAGGUAUGCUAUAUGCACAACUUUGUUACCGAAUCCGGUGCUGAAGAGUUUGAUUUGGGAUGUGGCUCAUCACUGGCUUGUAGCAAUUCGGCUGGUUCGAUACUGGGACGCCGAUCAGAAGGUCAUCAUGUGAAGUGCACACUUUGCUGCGAUACCAGACUAUGUAAUGAUCAUUUGAAUUGCACAAAUUCUGGCCAAUUGCCAUCAAGACUUCCACGAGAAUGUACCGAUUUACAAUUAUCUGUUAGCGGCGUCCAUACAAUUUACCCAUAUGGACAAAUGCAGCAUCCUGUAUCUGUUUAUUGCUAUGUAGAUUCAAGUUUGCAUACUUGGACUGUUAUUCAACGAAGAAUCAAUGGAUCAGUAAAUUUUUAUAGAGACUGGCAAGCAUACAAAACUGGAUUUGGACAAGCUAACGAAGAAUAUUGGUUAGGGAAUGACAACAUUCAUGAGCUGACAGCAGAUGCAAACCAUGCCUUGAUGAUACUUCUGACAGAUUUUACUGGGGUAACAAAGUUUGCCGAAUAUCUAUCGUUUCAUAUAUCUACUGAGGAUAAUGGUUAUCGGUUGAUGGUCAGUAAAUAUGAUGGAACAGCAGGUGAUUCUUUGACAACACAGAAUGGGUACAAGUUCACUACUUUUGACCGAGAUAAUGACCGUCAUGGAUCUAAUUGCGCCGUACUUUAUAAAGGUGCAUGGUGGUAUAAUGCCUGCCACAGAUCAAAUUUAAAUGGAGUUUAUUAUCAUGGCCAUCAUGAUGAAUAUGCCACUGGGAUAGAUUGGUAUACAUUUCAUGGGUAUUAUUACUCAAUGAAAACUACUAUGAUGAUGAUUAGAAAAUACUAAAAUAUUUAAAUUAAAUAUUACAUGAAA